CACGUGCAUGGGUCCCAAAUCCCCACUCCCUCUCUGCUCCAACUUUCACACUUUUUGAGCAGCAACCUGUUGCCGCAUCUAAAGCUGCCCGAGGCUUGACUUUUUGCUCCCCAACUAGUCUCUCAAUCUGAAGUUUUCAAAUCUCUCCGUCUGAGAGAUUCCGAUGCCGGAACACCGCUUCAGCUUCUUCCGAGGUAAUUUUUUUUUAUUCCGAUCGUUCUGCUUCUGUUUCAUCGAUCACAUUGAUAAGAACAAAAGAAAAAAAAAAAAACUAGGGUUGAUAUGGGAGUGAAAUCGGUGUGGUUUGCUUUCUACUAUAUCUGGUUCAUGUUCGUUCUAGUCUUUGUUACGGACCUCGUGUUUUGCCGUACGUUAUCACUUGAUCCGGAUCCGUGUGACUCGAUGAAUCAGAGAGAAUUUGAGAAACUCAGAUCGGAUCAGCUAACCGUUCUAAUCAACGGUUACUCAGAAUCUCGGAUUCCUCUUCUGCAAACCAUCGUGGCCUCGUAUUCAGCAGCCUCAGUCGUAUCAUCCAUCUUAGUCCUAUGGGGUAACCCUAACACACCUGACCAGGUUCUUGACCAGUUAUACCACAACAUGACUCAGUAUUCGCCUGGUACUGCUUCCAUCUCUCUGAUUCAGCAAUCUUCGAGCAGCCUCAACGCCAGAUUCCUCCCUCGUUCCUCUGUAGACACUCGUGCUGUUCUGGUAUGUGAUGAUGACGUCGAGGUUGACCGGAGAUCGCUGGAAUUCGCAUUUUCCGUGUGGAAGUCUAAUCCUGAUCGUCUCGUUGGAACGUUUGUGCGGUCACACGGUUUCGAUUUGCAGGGGAAAGAGUGGAUAUACACUGUUCAUCCUGAUAAGUACUCCAUCUUGCUGACCAAGUUUAUGUUGAUGAAACAAGAUUAUCUCUUCGAGUAUAGCUGCAAAGGAGGUGUGGAGAUGAAGGAGAUGAGGAUGAUUGUGGACCAAAUGCGUAACUGCGAGGAUAUACUGAUGAAUUUUGUUGCUGCGGACAUGUUAAGAGCAGGGCCGAUCAUGGUUGGAGCUGAGAGAGUUAGGGAUUGGGGAGAUGCGCGCAACGAACAAGAAGAAGAACAAGUGGAUGAGGGAGUGAGAGAUGUGGGACUGAGCAGUAGAAGAGUGGAACAUAGGAAGAGAAGAGGAAAGUGCAUUAGGGAGUUUCAUAGAGUUAUGGGGAAGAUGCCGUUAAUGUAUAGCUAUGGUAAGGUUGUGAACUCUGUUGGGGAACAAGGGCUGUGUCGUAAAGCAGGAAAUCUUGUGUUUUGUGACCGAGGUUGAACGCUUUGUCUAAGCUUAUUAUGCGUCAGAAUCACUCGACCUAAAAGAAUGUGCAAGUUCAUCAUCGCGUCGCGUGUAAUAGCCAACAAGCAAGUUAGCAGCAACAUGGAAACGAAGCAUUCGAAUAAGCAGAGAGUAAUACUGUAGGAAUUAAUUUUGGUAAAAGAAGAAGCUGCUGGGUUCUGAGACUGAGAAUAUAGGAAAUUUGUAAACGGGCCUUACAAACUACUACAAGGCACAAAUAUCUCACCAAACUCAAAAAAGUUACAAAUUAAAAGCAUAAAUGUAAAAUGUAAAGUUUAUGUGUAAAAUAACUAGGAUGUUUUAUAGCAUUACGUAAACCGUUAA